AUGUUACAGCAAACCCCUGAAUUGGGACUGUCCAAGGAAAUCCCAGGAAUUCCUGUUCCAAAAACAUCUCAGGAAAUCUUAGGAAUAAUCCUAGGAUUUUUUCAAGAUAUCCGAGGAAUAAAUCUUAAGAUUGUCUUAGGAUUUCUUAGGACAUCUCAGGAAUAUUCUGCAAGGAAGGAAGGCGGAGAUUUUGAAUCCCAUUCAAAUAUUCAGAUAGAUACUGAAGAAUUACAGAACUAUUGUUCAGAUGAAGAUCAAACUGGAAGUUUAGAAAGACACAUCAACACACGUGUAAGUAAACAGCCUCGGAUAUGUAUCAAUAGGAAACCUUCAACUAGUUCAAGUCACGUACAUAGACAAAUAAGGUCUCAAUCGCGGAAGAAAAUUUUAAAAUGUGAAUUUUGUGGGAAGGCAUUCUCUGUAUCAGAUGUCAUUUAUAAAUGCAUCAGGACACAGACUGGUAUUGAACCUUAUUAUUGUAAUGCAUGUGAAAAAAAGUUGAACCGUUCAAGUGCCUUACAGAGAAAAAAGAGGACACAAGCAGAUAAUACACUCUAUAAAUGUGAUUUGUGUGAUAAACCCUUCAAUCAAUUUAAUAGUUUAAAGAAGCAUAUGAGGAUACAUACAGCUGAUAAAUCGUAUAAAUGUGAUGUGUGUGGAAAGGAAUUCAACUGGCCAGGAAAUUUACUGACACACAUGAGAAUACAUACUGGUGAUAAACCUUAUAAAUGCGAUAAGUGUUGGAAGGCAUUCAAUUAUUCAUCUAACUUAGAUAGACACGUGAGGACACACACAGAUGAUAAACCUUAUAAAUGUAAUGUGUGUGAAAGAGCUUUCAAGGAAGCUGGAGCCUUAAAGGACCAUAUGAUGAUACAUACAGGUGAAAAACCUUACAGAUGUGUCGUAUGUGGAAAGGCAUUCAGCAGAUCAAAUAAUCUAAAAAUUCACAUAAGGUCACAUACAGGUGAAACACCCUAUAAAUGUGAUGUGUGUGGGAAGGCAUACAAGCAGUCAAGUGACUUAAAAAGACACAUGAGGAUACAUACAGGUGAUAAACUUUAUAAAUGUAAUGUGUGUGAAUUGACAUACACUCAUUCAACCAACUUACAGAAACACAUGAGGACACAUACUGGUGAAAAACCUUAUACAUGUGAUGUGUGUGGGAAAGCAUUUAACCAUUCAGGUACCAAAGAUAGACACAUGAGGAUACACACUGGAGAGAAACCAUAUGGAUGUGAUGUUUGUGGACAGACAUUUAGCAGAUUAGAUGUCUUAAAGAAUCACAUAAAGACACAUACAGAUGAUAACAUAUAAAACAAAGUGUAU